CCGGGGAGGCGGCCUCGGCGCACAGUAAUGGCAGCGCUGUGAGCCGGGGAACGCGAGCUGACAGCCGCCGCCGCCCACCCUCAGAGCCGGGGGCUUCGUCCUUCACGCCUGCGGGUUGCCUCCCUCCCCGGGCCCCCGUCCUCUCCUUGCUUCCGCAGAAGCCAGUGAUGGAUUGAUAUGCAAUGGUGGUCCCGUGGAGAUUAUAUUGCCCCGUGACAUCAUAGCCUUCUUAGUUUGUGUUUCAACACUAAACUUGCACAAUGUCUUUAAAACCAAGAGUAGUGGAUUUUGAUGAGACAUGGAACAAACUCCUAACUACAAUCAAAGCUGUUGUUAUGUUGGAAUAUGUUGAGAGAGCAACGUGGAACGACCGCUUCUCAGAUAUCUAUGCUUUAUGUGUGGCCUAUCCUGAACCACUUGGAGAAAGACUUUAUGCGGAAACAAAGGUUUUUUUGGAAAAUCACGUUCGGCAUUUGCACAAGAGAGUUCUGGAGUCCGAAGAACAAGUGCUUGUUAUGUAUCAUAGGUACUGGGAAGAGUACAGCAAGGGUGCCGACUACAUGGACUGCUUAUAUAGGUAUCUCAAUACCCAGUAUAUUAAAAAAAAUAAAUUGACGGAAGCCGAUUUACAAUACGGCUAUGGUGGAGUAGAUAUGAAUGAACCACUUAUGGAAAUAGGGGAGCUAGCAUUGGAUAUGUGGAGGAAGUUAAUGGUUGAACCCCUUCAGAACGUCCUCAUCCGGAUGCUGCUCAGAGAAAUCAAAAAUGAUCGUGGUGGUGAAGACCCAAACCAGAAAGUAAUCCAUGGGGUUAUUAACUCCUUUGUUCAUGUUGAACAGUAUAAGAAAAAAUUUCCCUUAAAGUUUUAUCAGGGAAUCUUUGUGUCUCCCUUUCUGACUGAAACAGGAGAAUAUUACAAGCAAGAAGCUUCAAAUUUAUUACAAGAAUCAAAUUGCUCACAGUAUAUGGAAAAGGUUCUAGGUAGAUUAAAAGAUGAAGAAAUUAGAUGUCGGAAAUACUUGCAUCCAAGUUCAUAUACUAAAGUGAUUCACGAGUGUCAGCAACGGAUGGUAGCAGACCACUUACAGUUCUUACACGCAGAGUGCCACAACAUCAUUCGGCAAGAAAGAAAGAAUGACAUGGCAAAUAUGUACGUCCUGCUCCGUGCCGUGUCUACUGGCUUACCUCACAUGAUUCAGGAGCUGCAGAAUCACAUCCACGAUGAGGGCCUUAGAGCGACCAGUAACCUUACUCAGGAACAUAUGCCAACACUAUUUGUGGAAUCAGUUUUGGAAGUACAUGGUAAAUUUGUUCAACUUAUCAACACUGUUUUGAAUGGUGAUCAGCAUUUUAUGAGUGCUUUAGAUAAGGCUCUUACAUCGGUUGUAAAUUACAGAGAACCCAAGUCUGUUUGUAAAGCACCUGAACUGCUUGCUAAGUACUGUGACAACUUGCUGAAGAAGUCAGCAAAGGGCAUGACUGAAAAUGAAGUGGAGGACAAGCUCACCAGCUUCAUCACGGUUUUCAAAUACAUCGAUGACAAAGACGUUUUUCAGAAGUUCUAUGCAAGAAUGCUAGCGAAACGUCUAAUUCACGGGUUGUCUAUGUCUAUGGAUUCUGAAGAAGCCAUGAUCAAUAAAUUAAAGCAAGCCUGUGGUUACGAGUUUACCAGCAAGCUGCAUCGGAUGUACACAGACAUGAGUGUCAGUGCCGAUCUCAACAACAAGUUCAACAAUUUCAUCAGAAACCAAGACACAGUGAUAGAUUUGGGGAUUAGUUUCCAAAUAUAUGUCCUUCAGGCUGGUGCAUGGCCUCUCACUCAGGCUCCUUCAUCCACAUUUGCGAUUCCCCAAGAGUUAGAAAAAAGUGUACAGAUGUUUGAAUUAUUUUAUAGCCAGCAUUUCAGUGGAAGGAAACUGACGUGGUUACAUUAUCUCUGUACAGGUGAAGUUAAAAUGAACUAUUUGGGAAAACCAUAUGUAGCUAUGGUUACGACCUACCAAAUGGCAGUUCUUCUUGCCUUUAACAACAGUGAAACUGUCAGCUACAAAGAACUUCAAGACAGCACUCAGAUGAAUGAAAAGGAGCUGACCAAAACAAUUAAAUCAUUACUUGAUGUAAAAAUGAUUAACCAUGAUUCAGAAAAGGAAGAUAUUGAUGCAGAAUCUUCAUUUUCAUUAAAUAUGAGCUUCAGCAGUAAGAGAACAAAAUUUAAAAUUACUACGUCAAUGCAGAAGGACACACCACAAGAACUGGAACAGACUAGAAGCGCUGUAGACGAGGACCGGAAAAUGUAUCUCCAAGCUGCUAUCGUCCGCAUCAUGAAAGCGCGCAAAGUGCUUCGGCACAACGCCCUCAUUCAAGAGGUAAUAAGCCAGUCAAGAGCCAGGUUCAAUCCCAGUAUCAGCAUGAUUAAGAAGUGCAUAGAAGUUCUGAUAGACAAGCAGUAUAUUGAGCGCAGCCAAGCAUCUGCAGAUGAAUACAGUUACGUCGCGUGACACCCUCUCCUGGUGUGGGUGUGAGGUCAUUGCCAUCACCAUUUGGUGUGCUCCUGUGGGAAAAAGCAGGCCUGUGCCUCCAUACUUUGGUCAUUUGGCAGCCCCUGUUUUUCUGCUGUUUACAACAUCACCAGUGCCACGUCAUGAGCGUCACAGAAAAUGCCUAGAGAUAUUUCAAGCUCAUGUCAUUAUGACAUUUCUUAAAACUUUAUUAAAAGAAUGAGUGAAGUAUUGCUGAAAUGUGGGAUUUGGUUGGGUACCAUGCUUUCUCCCCUUCACGUUUGCAGUUGAUGUGUUUUUUUUUUUUUUAAAUGUAUCUUAAAGGACAUAAAAUAAAAACUUAAAUAUUGUAAUAUGACAGAUAACCUAAUAAUUGUAUCUACAUUCAAAUGACAAACAUGAUGUUGCUGCUUGUCAAAUAAAAAAAAUAAAGAAACCGAAUGCCUUUUUCUAUGUGGAUGGAAUAUCAGGUUAGACAGAAAACAAGACAUUUGUAAAUGUCUGAAAGCAGCCAACAGCAUUUCAUCUUGGUGAUGCAGUUCACUUGGGCUCCUGUUUAACCUUCAGCUAAGACUUCUAGGUUAUUGUUUUUGAAUACGUAAAGUUGCAUCUGGUGUAAAAAAUGCUCUUUUGUGAAUUUGAGCUAAAUGGCAUCAGCAGUUUUUGCGUAUUGAGGAUGUAAUUCUGUCAGUAGUUUUGGUGAUGUGUUGUACCAAGAAACGGAGUGGUGGCUACUGUGUAGUGACUUCGAACCUGGCAGAGCAGGAACUGCUCACCCUGAUUCACUUUUUAUGAUGCAUCAACUCUGACAUAAUGGCUGUUGCUGAUCUCCAAGAGUUGUAGGAGACUCUAGUCACAAUGCAUUCCUUCUAGCUCUCCCUGCCUGUCACCACCCCCUCCCCAGUGCAGACGACUCCCCAUUGUAAGUUGACAGCAGUGUCCCUCAGCACUGGCUCGUGACACCAGACACCUGGUAUGGGGACAUGAAAUCUCAUUAAUUUGUUAAUCGUAGACAACAGGGACAUGAAAAUACUCUGGUCUACCAUAUUAUCCAUCUGCCAUCCCUAUAUCACAUUGCUUUUUUAAACCAGAGUAGUUAAAACAUACAUAGUACAAAUACUUUCAUGUUUAUACUCAAUUUAUAUCUCUAACAGAUAAGGCCUUAAACCCACAAUGAUAAUAUGCUGAACAAAUAAACUACUUAAUUUACAUUC